AUGAAUUGUAAAAGUAUAAGUAAAUUAGAAGAUUUACCUGAUGAAUUAUUACUUAUAAUUUGUCAUUAUUUAAAUAUAAUUGAAAUUUUAAAUAGUUUUAGUUGUUUAAAUAAUCGUUUAUCUAAAACAAUAAAUGAAUUUACUAUAAAAAUAGAUUUAAAUAUAAUUCCAUUAAAAUUAAUAAAUCGUUUUCUAAAUGAAAUAUUACCAAAUAUAAGUAUGAAUGUUCGUUCAUUAAUAUUUAAUGAUAAUUUUGAAUAUUUUCCAAUAAAAUUUGAAAUGUUUAAUAAUCUUGAAUCAAUACAUUUUAUAAAUUUAUUUUCGGAAAAUUUUCUUCUUAAUAUAAAAGAAAUAAAAAUUGAUUUAGUUCCAGUUAAUAUACAAAUUGAUUUAUUAAAAAGAUUUUUUUCAUCAAAUCAAUAUACAAAAUUAAAAAAUUUAGAACUUAUUUCAUUUCAUGGUUUUACAUUUUCAAAUAUAGAAUUAAAUAAUUCAAUACAAAUUGAAAAUUUAACAAUAACAUUAAAAAAUAAUGUAGAUUUAUUUGAAUUACUUUAUUUAUUAUCAUCUUCAAUUGAACAAUUAUAUAUUCAUAUACUUUAUAAUGGACCAUUUAAAUCAAUAAAAUCAUAUUCAUUACCAUUAAAAUUACUUAAACUUCGUUAUUUUCAUUUAAAAACAACAUUUGAAGAUUCAAUUAAAUUUAAACAAAUAGAAAAAUUAAUAAUUGAUUCAUUUUAUUUAAUUGAAUAUUUAUCAAUUGAAACAUUAACACGUGAUCAAGAUUAUAUUGAUGGAUAUCAAUGGGAAAAUUUAUUAAAAAAAUUAAUUUAUUUAAAAAAUUUUUCUUUUUCUAUUCGAUAUCGUUUUAAAAUAGAUGAAAAUUAUCAUCAAGAAAUUAGUGAAAAUUAUUUAUUAAAUUCAUUUUCAACUGAUUUUUGGUUAAUUCAACGAAAAUGGUUUAUUCAAUUUUAUUCAACUUAUUCAAUUAUUAAUGAAAAUUAUUCAAAUAAUUUUAUUAAAAGAAAAAAUUAUGAAAAAUUAUAUUUACAUACAAUUCCUUAUUCAUAUGAAUUUAUGGAUGCAACUAUUGAUAUUAAUAAAACAAAAUCAACUAACAAUCAAUUUACAACAAGAGAAAUCUAUUCCAAAGUUCGUCAUCUUUAUUAUGAUGGUGAAAAUAUUCCAAUUAAAUUUGAAUGUUUAAAAAAUAUUCUUGAUAAUUUUAAAUCAAUAACUGAAUUAAAAUUAGAUCGUUUAAUAAUUGAUUCUUCAUCAAUAUUAUUAAAUAAAAUAAAUAUUCGUCAUUUAAAUAAAUUAACUAUUUAUAAUACAGAAGAAAAAAUUUCAUUAAAUAUAAAUUUUCUUAAUUUAACAUCAAUGUAUAAUCUUCGUUAUAUUCGUAUACCUCAAAUAUGUCUUCCAGAUAAUUUACAAAUGCCAAAACAACUUGAAACACUUAUAUUAACUGAAUGUCGAGAUUUUCAUUUUGAUUUUAUACAUAAAUAUGAAAAUUUACGUAUAUUAAAAUUAUAUUUAAAUAAUUUUGAUCGUUUAUUAGAAAAUAAUGGUGAAUUAAUUAAAAAUUUAAUUAAUUCAAUUUAUAAUGAAAAUAAUAUAAUGGAAACACUUCAAUUAAUGUGUCAUGGUGUUAAUCAAACCAAAGUUAAAAUAUUUGAAAAACAAUUUAAUUUAAAUAAUAUUUAUUAUUUAAAUGCAAAUUAUGAUGGAAAAUCUUUGAUAAUACAACGAUCUAAUCAAUAUUUUGAUCAAUUUAUUUAA